CUUACCAUUACUACUGUUGUCUAUUUCUUCACAGAAUGAACACUUAUACUGAGUGAUCUCGCACAUAUAAAUAAAACUCGCUCAACUCGGCCAUCUUUCAUUCUAGCUAGCUAGCUUUCUUAGCCAAUGAAAAUGGUGGCAAACUGAUAAACUAAACAAGAAAAAAUGAAGAAGAACGAGAUGCAACUGAAACCCCAGUUGUGGUUCUUGUUCUUGUUCUUUUAUUGUUUUUACAUUGUUUGCUGCUGUUUCGGUAUUGCUGCUGCAGCUGAUGAGGAUGAAGUGAGUGUUCUACUCUCGAUAAAAGCGGGUCUUGUUGAUCCUUUAGAUAGCCUUCGAGAUUGGAAAUUGUCAGACCAUGCAGCCCACUGUAACUGGACUGGAGUGUGGUGCAACUCCAAUGGCAAUGUUGAGAAGCUAGAUCUUUCCCACAUGAAUAUCAGCGGCCUUGUAUCGGAUGACAUCCAACGGCUGAAAAGUCUCACUUCUCUCAACUUGUGCUGCAAUGGGUUUUCGUCGUCAUUGCCCAAAUCCCUUUCCAAUCUCACAGCAUUAAGGAGCCUUGAUCUAAGCCAGAAUUCCUUUGUUGGAGGCUUCCCAGGAGGCCUAGGAAGUGCGGCUCGUCUUAUAACCUUGAAUGCUUCAAGCAACGAUUUCUCGGGUUUUCUUCCUGAGGAUCUUGGAAAUGCUACUUCCCUGGAGAGCCUGGAUCUUAGAGGGAAUUUCUUCGAAGGGUCAAUUCCAAAGUCCUUAAAGAAUUUGCAGAAGUUAAAGUUUCUUGGCCUCUCUGGGAAUAACCUCACAGGCAAAAUCCCUGGAGAACUUGGGCAACUUUCAUCACUGGAGAAGAUUAUUUCUGGGUAUAAUGAGUUUGAAGGCGAAAUCCCGGUGGAGUUUGGAAAUCUGACCAAUCUCAAGUAUCUUGAUUUGGCAUCUGGCAAUAUUGGUGGCAAGAUUCCAGCUGAAUUGGGGAGGUUAAAGCUACUAGAGACAGUAUACUUGUAUGGGAACAAUCUUCAAGGCAGCAUUCCACAAGCUAUAGGCAACAUCACUGCAUUAACUUUAUUGGAUUUCUCUGAUAACUUGUUAUCAGGGGAAAUUCCAGCUGAGAUAGGUGAGCUGAAGAAUUUGCAGCUCUUGGAUCUAAAGUGCAAUCGAUUGUCGGGUUCAGUUCCUACUGGUCUGGGAGGGCUGACUCAAUUACGGGUUCUUGAGCUGUGGAAUAAUUCUUUUUCGGGGCCAUUGCCAAGUGAUCUUGGCAAUAAUUCGCCAUUGCAGUUGCUGGACGUCUCCUCCAAUGCACUCUCUGGGGAGAUUCCAGCAACCUUGUGCAGUGGGGGCAAUCUCACAAAGCUCAUUCUUUUCAACAAUGCCUUCUCGGGGCCAAUUCCUGCUGCCUUAUCAGCAUGUCUGUCACUUGUCCGGGUUCGAGCGCAGAAUAAUCUUCUGUCUGGGACAAUUCCAGGAGGUCUUGGAAAACUCGGAAAGCUUGACAGGUUAGAAUUAGCAAAUAAUAGUCUCACUGGUCAGAUCCCAGAUGAUAUUGGUUCUUCUACAUCGCUUUCUUUCAUUGACUUCUCUAGAAACCGCCUCUAUUCUUUGCUUCCUCCCACUAUUCUUUCGAUUCCAAAACUGCAAACCUUCAUAGCUUCAAACAAUAACUUGGAAGGUAAAAUCCCUGACCAAUUCCAGGAUGGGCCUUCACUUUCUGUGCUUGAUCUCUCAUUGAACCAUUUCUCUGGAAUCAUUCCAGCAAGCAUUGCUUCAUGUCAGAAAUUGGUAGUUUUGAAUCUCAGGAACAACCAACUGACAGGACAAAUCCCAAAAGAAAUUGCCAUGAUGCCGACUUUGGCCACUCUCGAUCUAUCCAACAACUCUCUUACUGGUGGAAUACCAGAAGAUUUUGGGAUAACUCCGGCCUUAGAAAUGCUCAACGUUUCAUACAACAAGCUACAAGGUGCUGUUCCAACAAAUGGUUUACUAAGAACUAUAAACCCAGAUGAUCUUGUGGGAAAUGCUGGUCUCUGUGGUGGCGUACUCCCUCCAUGCGAUGGAAACUCUGCAUUCGCAUCAAGACAUGGGAGUUUGCACGCAAAGCACAUUAUUGCUGGAUGGAUCAUUGGAAUUUCAUCAUUUUUAGCAAUUUUAUGUGCUCUCUUUGGUGCUCGAACUCUGUACAAAAGGUUGUAUUCAAACGGAAGUUGCUUCGAAGAAAGAUAUGAAACAAGAAAUGGGGAGUGGCCAUGGAGAUUAAUGGCAUUCCAGAGGCUCGGUUUCACAACUGCUGACAUUCUGGCUUGCAUCAAGGAAUCAAAUGUAAUUGGUAUGGGAGCAGCUGGGACUGUCUAUAAGGCUGAGCUGCCUCGACUAAAUACCGUUGUGGCAGUCAAAAAGUUGUGGAGAUCUGAAGCUGAUAAAGCUGAUAUUGAAACUGGAAGCAGAAAUGAUCUUGUUGGAGAGGUGAAUCUCCUGGGAAGGCUAAGGCAUCGAAAUAUUGUUCGAUUAUUAGGAUUUCUCCAUAACGACACUAAUGUAAUGAUAAUAUAUGAGUUUAUGCAAAGUGGCAACCUUGGGGAAGCCUUGCAUGGCAAACAAGCAGGAAGGUUGCUUGUAGAUUGGGUUUCUAGGUAUAACAUAGCACUUGGAGUUGCACAAGGGCUUGCUUAUCUCCACCACGAUUGUCACCCACCGGUCAUCCAUCGAGACAUCAAGUCAAAUAACAUUCUGCUUGAUGCAAAUCUUGAGGCAAGGAUUGCCGACUUUGGGUUGGCAAGGAUGAUGAUCCGGAAGAAUGAGACAGUUUCAGUGGUGGCUGGAUCAUACGGAUACAUAGCUCCAGAGUACGGAUACACCUUGAAGGUCGAUGAAAAGAUCGACAUAUACAGCUUUGGAGUGGUUCUACUGGAGCUUCUCACCGGAAAGCGACCAUUAGAUCCCGAGUUUGGAGAGUCUGUGGACAUUGUUGAGUGGAUAAGAAGGAAAGUUAGAGACAACAAAUCAUUAGAAGCAGCACUAGACCCCAAUGUAGGAAACUGCAAGCAUGUUCAAGAAGAGAUGCUCUUAGUCCUUCGAAUAGCUCUUCUUUGCACAGCCAAACUCCCAAGGGACAGACCCUCCAUGAGGGAUGUGCUGACAAUGCUAGGAGAGGCAAAGCCACGGAGAAAAAGCAGUAGCAACAAUGAUGGAUGUACAACUAACAAAGAGAAGCCAGUCUUUAGCACAUCGCCUGUAAACGGCCUGCUCUAAGAACAAAAUUGAGUUCCUCCCCCUCAGCUGUCAUUUUGUUAAAAGUUGUUCUUUUGUAUGUAGAUUCUUCUCUUGUUAAUGUUUGUAAUCACAGUUUCACAUCGGUGUCCAGAAGACUGAAAGGCUAUAUCAAAUCACGAUUUUCUUGCAAAUAAAGCAUCACUUUCGAGAA